AUGGUUUUUGGGGGCUUUAGCCUCAUUCUUGCGGUGAGCUUUUUGGGACGUCAGGCACAAGCGGUUCCACGUCCCCGAGACGAGGGAGGUCAAGCUGGACAACACCAUCAACAUCCAGAAAAUCCAGCAAGAAUCACGAUGGGGGAGCCGACGACAGCGGCGGCGGCGGCAGCACCAGUUGUGAGUCCUUCAAAUCCAGGUCUACUGGGUGUUUCGAGCGCAGCCAGCGAUACUCUUCCGCCUACCGGCGCCCCUUCAACGGUAACCACGUCUACAUUUGUAGCUUCAACAUCAAUCGCCAGCUCUGCUCCAGUUUUCAGUUAUUUCGAGAGCAAAUGGGUCGCACUCUCGCAUUACCGGGCAGAUAAACCCGACCCAGUGUCCUACCAGAUUCUUUUCCCCCCAGUCUCGUCGAACGGCAACCUAUCUCCUUUCAGUCCUGUUCUGUUUGUCUGCCAAACCAGCGGCGGACUAGAUCAUAUGACUUCUUCGAACACAUGGGCUAUCGCUCAUAUUCCCAACGUCAAUGGAGAUGCCCCCAUAAAUCCAGAUGAACAAACUGAACAAAAUAGUUUCCUGGAUAUCCAACUGUCAAAUUCUGUGACUGUAAACCCAAGCGCGAUGUUCUUCUUCUGCCUUGCCAACAACACUACAUAUAUCGACCGGUUUGUUUGCAGCUCUUAUGGGCCAUUCUUCACAAUAGAGGCGUCACAGGAAAACAGCCGUGACCUAAGCCCACGACAGCAAGCGCCAACGACUGUGCCAACGGCUGUGCCAGACAUGCCCACAACUGUGCUGUCUAUUACAUCUUUUUCUUCCGGUAUCAGCGUUGUUGGAGCAACAAUAACAGCGACCGCUCCUACAAGUGCGACUGUUUCAAUAUCACCCACCGGAACAACCACAACAACAGUCCAAUCAACCAAGACAGCCUCGGCCGCCCCUUCAUCAAUCACUGUUCAUUCCAACGGCUUAUCAACAGGCGCCAAGGUCGGCAUCGCCCUCGGCGCCCUAGUAUUGGUAGCCGCUCUCCUCCUCGCAGCCCUCUUCUUCCUCCGCCGCAAACACCGCUCACGCUCCCCACCACCGGAGCAAGUUAUGCUCACUCGAGACAUGCACACCGACUCCUUCGGCCGCAGCGCCAUCAUGAUGGAGAAAGAAAACGUUGCCAACAACAACAUCGCCAACGGUGCCUCCCCAGUAGACGAGACCCUACCCAUCCAACGCCACUCCGCCCAUUCUCCAACAGCCUACGACUCCACCCCCGCAGCCCCCUAUACCGGCGCCGCUUCAGCAGUGCCACGACGAAAACCAACGAACGCAUCUGCAGUCUCGCGGAUCUCAGGACCCGCAUCUCCGCGCUCAUUAACGGUUUCCACGCCGCCGGAUGAGUAUGAAGAGUACCGCGACCAGCCGAUGCCCGUCUACGGGGACGCGCGGCAUAGUGCGCGGAUGUACAGCGCGGGAGAGACACAGGGUGUCAAGGCGCCGUUCCUGACGGAGGAUGGGAUGAGUGCUGAGGAGGUGGCGCGGCUGGAGGAGGAGGAGAGGAGGAUCGAUGCGGCGAUUGCGGAAGCGGAACGGUCUGGACGGCGAUGA